AUGGCUGACCCAUCUGGCGCAGCGCCUCAACCAGGAGAGAAUGACAUCUCUACCGCUAUUCUCAGGCCAAAGAAAUCCCCAAAUCGACUUAUCGUUGAUGAAGCCACUUCUGAUGAUAACUCCGUCGCUACCAUGAGCCCCGCAACUAUGGAGGCUCUGGAACUUUUCCGCGGCGACACCAUCAUUGUCAGGGGAAAAAAGAGGAAGGACACAGUGCUCAUUUGCUUAAGCUCCGAUGAUGUUGAAGAGGGUAGAAUCCAAAUGAACAAAGUCGCUCGCAACAAUUUGCGCGUCAAACUUGGUGAUCUGUGUCACGUCCAUCCUUGCCAUGACAUAAAAUAUGGCAAGCGCGUCCAUAUCUUGCCGUUCGACGAUUCAAUUGAGGGUCUAAGCGGAAACAUUUUCGAUGUAUACCUAAAGCCCUACUUCCUCGAAGCUUAUCGUCCCGUGCGCAAGGGCGAUACAUUUCUUGUACGCGGAGGGAUGAGGACCGUUGAAUUCAAAGUCAUAGAAACAGAUCCGGCAGAGUUUUGCAUCGUAGCUCAAGACACUGUCAUUCACACCGAAGGCGAUCCGGUCAAGCGUGAGGAUGAGGAAGCCAACCUUGCGGACGUUGGCUACGAUGACAUCGGUGGCUGUCGCAAGCAGAUGGCGCAAAUUCGCGAAUUAGUUGAACUUCCUCUCCGCCACCCCCAAUUAUUCAAAUCUAUUGGUAUCAAACCACCUCGCGGUAUCUUGUUGUAUGGCCCUCCUGGGACAGGAAAAACUCUCAUGGCUCGUGCCGUUGCAAACGAGACAGGCGCUUUCUUCUUCCUUAUCAAUGGGCCCGAAAUCAUGAGUAAGAUGGCAGGGGAGUCGGAAAGUAACCUGCGGAAAGCUUUUGAGGAAGCGGAGAAGAAUUCACCUGCCAUCAUUUUCAUUGAUGAGAUUGACUCAAUCGCACCUAAACGUGAAAAGACAAAUGGCGAAGUCGAGCGCCGUGUUGUGUCGCAGCUCUUGACCCUAAUGGACGGCUUAAAAUCACGUUCUAACGUUGUCGUUAUGGCUGCCACUAACAGACCAAAUUCGAUUGAUCCUGCCCUUCGUCGAUUCGGCCGUUUUGACCGCGAAGUUGACAUUGGUAUUCCUGAUCCCACUGGCCGCCUGGAAAUCCUUCGGAUUCACACGAAGAAUAUGAAACUUGUUGAUGAUGUGGAUUUGGAACAGAUUGCCGCGGACACCCAUGGAUACGUCGGUUCCGAUAUCGCUUCGCUUUGCUCUGAGGCUGCUAUGCAGCAAAUCAGAGAAAAGAUGGAUCUUAUUGACCUUGAUGAAGACACGAUUGAUGCUGAGGUUUUAGAUGCACUGGGCGUCACAAUGGAGAAUUUCCGCUUUGCCUUGGGUGCGUCCAAUCCAUCGGCUCUUCGGGAGACCGUGGUCGAAAUUCCGACCACAACUUGGGACGACAUUGGUGGACUGGACAAAGUCAAGCAGGAGCUCCAGGAAACUGUCACUUACCCUGUCGAGCAUCCCGACAAGUUCGUUAAGUAUGGUAUGUCACCAUCCAAGGGUGUGUUAUUCUAUGGACCUCCUGGUACCGGAAAGACCCUCUUGGCUAAGGCUAUUGCCAACGAGUGCCAGGCAAACUUUAUCAGUAUUAAGGGACCUGAGUUGCUCACAAUGUGGUUCGGUGAAUCGGAGGCAAAUGUGCGGGACGUGUUUGAUAAGGCUCGUGCGGCCGCUCCUUGCGUAAUGUUCUUCGACGAGUUGGACAGCAUCGCCAAGGCUCGUGGCGGCUCCGGCGCGGGUGGCGAUGGCGGCGGUGCUGGUGACCGCGUGUUGAACCAAAUUCUCACUGAGAUGGACGGUAUGAAUGCCAAGAAGAAUGUCUUCAUCAUUGGCGCUACCAAUAGGCCGGAUCAGAUCGAUCCCGCCCUUCUCCGCCCUGGUCGCCUCGACCAACUCAUUUACAUCCCUCUGCCUGACGAACCAUCCCGAGCUGCUAUUCUCAAAGCCGCUCUUCGCAAAUCGCCUAUUGCCAAGGAAGUGGACCUUGGCUUCCUUGCCAAGAAUACUCACGGGUUCUCUGGUGCUGAUCUGACUGAGAUCUGUCAGCGUGCAGCAAAGCUCGCAAUCCGUGAAAGCAUUGAAGCUGACAUACGGCGCGAGAGAGAAAAGGCAGCUAGGACAAGCGACGAAGACAUGGAGGAAGACUUGGAAGAGGAUGAUCCCGUUCCUGAAAUUACUGUUGCCCACUUUGAGGAGGCUAUGAGGUUUGCUCGCCGUUCUGUCUCGGAUCAAGACAUCCGACGAUAUGAAAUGUUUGCUCAGAAUCUACAACAAUCCCGUAGCUUUGGUUCGACUUUCAAGUUCCCUGAGGGUGGUGCACCUUCCCAGGCACCGGCCAAUGCACCGAAUUCUAACGCUGGAUUUGGGCAAGAUGCUGAUGAUGAUGACCUGUAUGCCUGA